GGCCCCUUCUUACAAUCCCAUCUCUCUCUCAUUCAUUCAUCUACACACCAGGCUCAUCUUAGCAGCCCACUGCAAUAUAGUUAGCAGUUACUCAAUAUGCACAGAGAGACAAUGAGAUCGGCCGUGUUAUCAUACGCCGGGUGGGAAGAGAACAACAAUGAAUCCCAUUUUCUUGAAGCUUGUUUUCUUUGCAGAAAGCAAUUGGGUCAUAACAGUGACAUCUUCAUGUACAGAGGAAAUACACCAUUUUGUAGCCAAGAGUGCAGGCAAGAACAGAUAGAGAAAGAUGAGGCCAAAGAAAAGAAGAGGACUUGGAAGCUUUCUUCUUCUUCUUCUUCUUCUUCCAAAAAAGCCCUCAGACAAUCAACCACUUCUGCUACUACUUCUGACCCCACCAACCACAACAAACCUUCUUCUUCCCCCAACAAUGAUGUAAGGACUGGCACAGUUGCAGUUGCUUAAAAAAAGCCAAAAAAUAAAAAAACCCACCACUAAAAAUGUACAACCAAACACGGCCUUAAGCAGCCAGGCCUGUCAGCGCCGCGCCAUGCCAAGCCAAGCCAAGACAAGAAAAUCAUUGCUCAAUUUUUCAUGGCCUCUUUCUGUAAAAUCAAAGAGGUUGUGUGGUUGGUUCUGUAAAGCAACGGUGGGGAUGAGAGAGAGAGAGAGAGAGAGAGAGAGAGAGAGAGAGAGAGUCAUUAGAUAAUAAUAAUUAUUGUUAUUAUUAUUUUUUUGUGUUUUUUUGUUGGAUGUUUAUAAGAUGAGUGUAAUUAAAUGGUGUUUUGAGAAGGUGGUAAAAAAA